AACUUAUAAUCAGAGUAAAACGGUCGAGCAUUGUAUAGCGCCGGGGCGUUCUUAUUUCUGAAAGAAUGCGAAUAAACGUAUUUGCAAAACGAGUGAAGAGCGGCCGUCCGGUUAUCGUUGAGAGAAAAACCAGUGUCUUAUUGUUGUAAAAAUUAGCAAAAAAUUAGUUAAUAUAACAGAAUAAAUAUGUAAAUUAACUUAAACAAAAUUAUAAGGUAUGCUUUUAUAUUGUAAAUCUGUGGGAAUAUGUGUGGAAAGCAUGUCAUUUCAUAAGUGACGUCGAAAAGAGCAUACCAUUAGUGCAUAAAUAAAAAAAUAAUAAUAUAAUUGCAGCCAUACACAUGCAUGAUACAUAUGUAUGUAUGCUUGUACACGCAUCUGUAUAUGUACGUUUGCUACAUACAUGAAACUGUAUCGAAGUGAGUGACUUAUGCAAGUUAACGUUUAACUAUUAAACUUUUCUGUGUACAGAGGCUUCUCGCUAAGACAUACCCUAUGUAGGAUGUAGUGGAAAACCAUGAUUUGCAAAGUGUUAAAAGUUAAAUAAUCCUACGAGCUUAUAUGCAUACACAUAUGCCAUUGUUACCAUUAAUUAUUGAUAAAAAUAUGAAUAAAAGAGUGAUUAUAUAUAAAUAUAUAUAAAUACAUGUGUACUUAUAUGUAUGUAUGUAUGCAUAUGCCGCAUGUAUGCUUAUAUAAUGUGAUUUGAUAAAGUCCUUGAUAGACUUAUCUGUCCUAAAUGUAUAUAUAUAUAAUAUUUUUGUUGUUAAUCCCUUUGCUCAAUUCCUCAAUAAAACAACAGAGUGAGUGAAGUGCUUUAAAGUGUACAAGUUUUGGCAUAGUGGCAACCUUCUAUGCAUAUCCCUUUUCAGUAGUUACUCUAAACGAAAAUCCACUGUAGACAUACAUUACAGUUUGUGCCAAAGCUUUAAUGUCGAAGGGGAAAGAGUGCAAAUAAUUAUGAGAGCCUUUCAGUUAAGGUAAAUAUUAAAUACUAACAUGUGCAAAGAAAUAUGCGAUAACGUUAUUAACAAGGCAAGAAAGUGUAUAAGCAGUUGUUAUAUGCAGAGAGCAGAAUGAGAAAAUUGUUAAAAUAGCUGUGAUAGCUGGCAAUGGAAAUAAUAAAUCGACACAACACACACGUAGAUAGUUAAGUUCAAGUCGUCGGUGGAAAAAAGUACUAAUUGGAGUGUUAAAAACUGCCUGAACAUAAACAAAUCAGCUUUAUAAUCUGAUUACAAUCUCUGGAAAAAUCAGAUUAAAGGCAGGUUAGAUAUAUCAUUGUAAGAAUGAGUUCCACUAAAGAAAUGAAAAACGGCACGAAGACGCAAAAGAAGGCGAUUAAAGCUAACAAAAAACAGCAACUAAAACAGCAGCAACUUCAAAAUCAACAAAAUUCAGCAGUUGCGACAGCGACAACAACAUUAGCGCCCCACCCUGCCGCUCAAUACAGUGUGAAUAAGAUAACCGGUAAAACAAUCAAGAUGACCGUGCCUACUAAUAGUAAUAAUAAUAACAACAGUAGUGUUAAAAACAAUAACAACAUUAAUCAAAAGAUUCCCGAUCCUGUAGCAGGAACGGCGCACGCAACGCCCUCCGCUAUGCAACAGCCCGUGGGCUCCAUUUUACCUGGAUAUGAAAAUGCGCCGAAAUUCGAACGAUCGAACAGUUUUUCAUUGCGUGGCAAACUAACGAAAUUGAUCAAUUCAAUUACAGGCAGUAAAGAGAAUCUUAAUAAACUAGAUGAUGAGAAUGCCACUCCGUACAAGUUCACACGCAGUCGCUCAAUGAUACUCUUGCGGCGGUCGAAUCGUCGUAGUUUAAUUGAACCCCAAUUGGAACAACUAUCUGAGGAGGUUGAUCCAACUUCGCCGUCAUCACCUCGUAAAAAUUCUGUAGAUAUAAGCGGGCAACCAUUUCCUGUACCAUCAUCGUUCAAUAAGUCGGCGGUCAAUGUCACUUCUGAUAAGAGGGGGACAACUACAAUGAUUACACCGCAACGACAGAACUCACAACCAUUGACCUCAACUCCGGUUGAAGAGGGUAAUAAUAGCACAGCUUUACAGCGAAAGCCAUCAUCCAUUUCGCUGGCACCUGGUGAAGGGAAUGGUGUGCCAUUCAAUCCAAUAGCGAAUUUUCAGCGCCGCCGUUCCAACACUUUACUAGCAUCUUUUAAGAGCACCAUUGCAACAAUAACCGGUGAAAAGAAGAAGGAGAAACUUAAUCCUAAGUGGAGUGCGUCACUACAAUCCUUGCAAGCCAUAGACAAUAUGGUAAGCUAUGAGAAUAUGUCUUUCAUCGAUUACGAUAAGUUCAACGGAUAUGAAAAACAACUAGAACGACAACUUUCGACGUUAAGUUUGCGCACCGAACAAAAUCCGCCUAUUACAUCAAUCAGCAGUGCCGCAACCGGCGUAAACAAUAAUAAAUCGCUUAACGUUCCGGUGACGGUAGUGCGUCGUCGUAAACCGAGCGCCGCUCGUCAAUUGGCAGACCGUCGUUGCCAUUCGCGCGGUAGCUUUAAUUUCGACACCGAUUUCGAACAUAAUUUGGACAAACCGCGGAACGUGUAUCGUGAUAGUUUAGAUUCCCGAAAACUUGAACGACUGAACGAUUUUUCUCGCAACUCUUUUAUAUUGGAUAAAGAAAUUGUGGAUUGGUUGAAUUUGGAAGACGGUCGUCUGAGAAAGCAACGCAGAGAAAAGAGUAAUCAACAAAUGCAUGUAGACACCGUGGACUCGUCAGCUGUUGCACAGUUGAAAUCUAAAAGCUUAACACACUUGGACGGACUCGACCCAAUGGUAGCAGGUCAUCGUGGUGUUCCCGUUAGCAUAACACCGAAUAUGAGCCGGAGCGAAGUUUGCACAAAUACGGCCUCUUCAACAAUUCAAACUUCUCAACAGCUUUAUCCAGAUCAAUAUCCAUCUGUGUUGAACUCUUCUUCAACAAUAGCGAAUAUAACCAGCGAAGAGACAUCAGCUCCAACAGGCAUCAGGUCUGUGACGAGUUAUAAGAAAAAAUCUCCAUUUGUACAGCGUAAAAAACCACUGCUAACACGCAGUGAGGUCACGAGUUCGGAAUACUUUUCUGUGAGUUUUUGUACCGAUCAAGGUGGUGUAGAGGAAGAGUUCAUACCAGCGACCAAAGGCGUAACUUUGCAUUCCGCGCUAUGUCAAGCGUUGAAAAGACGAAAUUUAACAUUUUCACAAAUCGCCAUUACUGAUAAUAAUCCUCCCAGUAGCUUUUUAGAAACAGGGUACUCUCUAUUAGCAAGUUCUUUGGAUGAAAAUACUGAUGUAGAAAAUUUAGCUGGACAUCAUUUGACUGUAACUGAAAGCGAUGGUAGUCGAAAAACUUUGCAAAAAGCCGCAUCAUUUGGUUCCCGCACACGUCCACCGCGAUUGCUCUCUUCCGCCUCUACGGAAGAGACCAGCGAAGCCGCUGUUCCAGGAAAACAACUCAAACAACGCUGGUCCGGUUUGUUCGGUAUUAAAAAUCCACAGCAAAGUCAAUUAUGUGAACUGCUGAAUAGUUACGCAAAGAAUGGUGUACCACAAAAGAGAGCAUCAGUAAAUUUCGAUCAUCCGGAUUUUGAUGCGGCCUUAGCGUAUUUGGACAAUAUGCACAAGUCGUGGAAGGAUAUUGUGGAUAGCACAGCUAUGAAUGACAGCGAAAUGAGAAUACAAACUGCAAUUUGGGAGUUAGUUACCACCGAAGUAUACUACAUUCACGCACUCCAAACAGUAACAGAUCUCUUUUUGGCAUGUUUAGAAGCUGUGCAGUUGGAGCGACUGCUUACCGAUGUAGAUCAACAUCGACUAUUUUCGAAUGUACGGGAUAUAUGCGAAGCCAAUCUUAAAUUCUGGACUCUUUAUCUCUACCCCAUGGUGGCGCACAGUGUCGCUACUGGUGAACCUCUACGUGUGGCGUUCUUCCAUCAGGGUUUUGUUGCUUUCGCCUCAAUAUUCGCACCAUACAAAAAGUAUUGUGCAGAACAGAGUACUUGUCAGUUCUAUUGCAAGGAACUUAACCACAACAAUCCACUUUUUACAUCUUAUUUGGCCUGGUGUGAGUCGCAAAAGCUGUGUAACCGGCUCCGAUUGGCCGACAUUUUAGUACGGCCGAUGCAGCGAUUGACCAAGUAUAGUCUGCUUUUGACAGCGAUCAAGAAGCACAUGUUGGAUAUGGAGCAGAUCGAGUCAGUCGAUUCAAUGAUCCAUUCAGUGGAGAACUUCGUGUUUAGUGUGAAUAACCACUUGACAACGCGUCAGGAAAAUGAACGUUUGAAAGGUGUUAUGGCGCGCAUUGAGUCCUAUGAUGUAGUGGACACCAACAACGAGCAACUAGACAAAAUGAUAAAGCAAUAUAGUAAAAUGUUUGACUUGUGCGCUCCAAUGAAAGGAUGUCCAGCUCACCAAGUGCGCCAUCUCUUCAUGGAGGGCGACCAUAAAUUCAAAGACAACCUUGGCAAGACCGACGUUCAUUGUUUUUUGCUGACGGAUAUGCUGCUUGUCUGCAAAGCGAUCGCGAAACGUGGUCUCGGUUCGCUGAAAGUGAUUCGUCAACCAUACUUAACCGAUAGACUUGUUGUACAACAAAGCAAUAAUAGUUUAAAUUGUAUCUACCUCAAUGAAUUUCAAGUGGUCGUUACUGCAUUCACUCUACAAUGUUCGGAGGCAAAAAAUUGGUAUGAGUCAAUAAAGCGCGCUAAAAUGAUUUACACAAGACUGAAACAAGGUACCGGCAAUUGGGACAACUUCCGUUUGGCUGCAGGGAGUGGAGUAAGUGGCAGCGCAGUGGAUGUACUUGGCAUAAAAAAAUCGCCAAUGAAUUCGUCAUUAUGCAGUCAUGUUUCCAGCGCAAAUAAUAGUCACAGCGGCUCUGUCGAGUGGAAUGAUUCGCGUAAUAUAUCGGUGGAAUUUGAAAAGACCAAUUCAUUAUCCAGUGAGGAUGGUUCUAUGAGCAAGAAUUUGCAAUCCGGUCCACUCAAACUCAAAGUUAACACUGCAACGGCGAACACACUUUCAGUACAGCCACUUAAUCACUUGGGACAAAGUCUGCCGAACCUAAACCUGAACCAAAGCCAUACUACCCUCGACAGUAACCUAUAUUAUACUUAUAGUAAUAAUACACUACUGGUACCUGGCACAACAACAAGCCAUUCCGGAAAUUUGUUGCUUUCGCCUAGUCAUAGAGGAAUUUCUUAUCCACCACCUAGUCCAACAAGAGUUCCACUUCGUCGCGGCAUGGCCUUUUCUACCUCCACCAAAAAUCCGCCACUAGUCAAAACUCGCAAUAUUACUUCGCAGAAUAGCAUUAACUGGUCACAACCGCAAUCUGUAGCGCCAAACUUACAGCAGCGACACAAAGUACCAAUUAAUAGCACCGUAGCGAGCAACGCAUCGAACGCCAUGCUAUCAACACCUCUUGGUGGGGCACAGCUUACUCAAAAUAAAAGUCACGGAACUAACGAAAGCACAACCAGUGCAAGACCUGAAACCAUGGCAAUUCAACUGUCCAAUGAUUUGACAGAUGGUACUUGCCAACAGCAUCAGCAUCCUCAACAAAUGCCUACCUGCAACGAAACCGAUGUUUGAUUCGUUUGCAAGCAAAUGAAAUAAUGGAAAUAGACUCUUCCUGGCUUUAUUUCAAGCACGUAGAGGCACACACUCAUAGUAUAUGUAUGUACAUAUGUACAUAUACACUUAUAAAGGAACAUUAGUGGCAUUAAUUGCGUUAUCGCAAAUACAAACUACCAUAGUCAGUGGAUUCAUGUAUGUAGUAUUUUAUAGAUUAUAAAGCUUACAUGCGUACAAAACAAAAACUAAAUAAAAUAAACGAUCACUUGCUUGUUAACGAAACCUUUGUAUACAAAAAGAUACUGUAGAAAACAUGUUUAUUACAUUACUUUUGACAAAAAGCUGCAAAAUUUUAACAAAAAAUAUGAAGGCAAAUAGGGAUUAGUAAAAUACUAGGGAAUAGUUAUUAGUACAUACAUAUGUAGAGGAUAUCAAUUUGUAUUCAAAUCAAAUAUAAUAUAUACCAAUAAUAAUUUACAAGUAAUGUAGCAAUAGUUUGCAUAAAAUCAGAACAAAUAAAUAUAUAAAAAUCAAAGCAAAAAUAUUUAAAAAAAAGUAAAUAAGAAAUAUCAACCAUAUUUUACCAAUACAAAGUAUGCAACGAUUUUUUAUAUUUUAAAUUUAAAAAUAUGUAAGUUCAUAAGAUUUCCUUAAAUCAGUAGGAGGAAAUGAAUAGUGAAGUAAGCACCACCAUAUGUCAACAAAUGUACAAGUGUACAUACAUACAUACAUAUAUGUCUCCACAAAAAUGUGGAUAUUUAGUAUUGGUUGUAGUGCUGUUAAUAAGUUAGUUAAGUUAUUGUAUAAAUGCAACCAUAUAUAGAAAUGGUGUAAAAAGCCUGAAUAACGAACUUGUACUUAUAGAAAGUCUCCUUUCACUUGUGUCCUUCCACAAGCCUACAGCUGUGAACAUAGUACUAUAUUCAGUGUAUUUUAUAUAUAUCUUUUACAAUCAGUAAUACUUUAUGAUGUUUAAAUAGGCGAGCAAUUUUAUUGUAAAUAAAUUUGUAGUUUAAGUAAUGAAAAUGUUGGUAUUCUAGAUCCGAGUAGCCAUUAGAGUUUGUAUUAUAUUGCAAGAAAAUUAUUCAAAUUGCUAGCAUUCAUAUAACUAGUAUAAAAUAUACAACAAAUAAAUGUAUUAGAAAGUAAAAAAUAAAACUGAUUAAAACGUAUAUUUUAUGUAAAACCUAGUAUUUACUUAUGUAUAAAAGAACAGCAUUGGCCAAGGCAACAAUUUUAUACCAUAUAUGUAUACAUAAUAAUAAGUUGUAGCUUUGGCCAAUGACAUAUUGGCAACAAUACGAUAAAAAAAAAUAUUUAUGCACACUACUGUAUAUACAUAUGUUAUUAAAAACUGUGAUUCCAUAAUCAUUGAAUCAUUGACAUUAAUCACAAGCAAUUAUUGUUUUUCCUUCCAUUAUGUAAGUAUAUAAUAUUGUAAUGUUGCAACGGUAGUUAUUUGUUCGUUAGCCGUUCAUAAAUCUGGUCAAAAAGGAUUUGAAUUAACAAAGCUGUUGCUGAAAUCAAAAACGCUUUUCCAAUAUACAAGUAUAACAAUUAUUGUAUUAGCUUAGCAUGUCAGAGUUAAAAGUUGAGAUGUUGCGUUAAAAGGAACCGUCUUCUUUAUGUUUAGGAUUCCAAACAAAACUAAUUUAAAACUCUAGUAAUUGUAUGUUUCCUAUGAGCAUUUCAGACCUGUAUGAUGCAGUCAUAAAAUUUUGAGCUGUCUCUACUAAAUUAAUUUUAAUUUUUCCGUUUAAAAUUCUAUAAAAAUACAGCUUUAUAAAUAUUGUUGGUAAUAGGAAAGCUUAAGCAGCUUGCUAAUUUGUCUUGUAGAAUAUACUAUUUCCUACUUACAAAUGUGAAUAAUUUUAAUUAUUUAGUAAUUGGUCACAAAUAUAAUAUCAUAUUCUAAAGUAUUUGUAAAAAUAUACGCAUACAUGCGUGUGAAACUGUAAAGAGAACAUCAAUUGAUUAUUAAGUACAAAAUAAGUAAAAAAAAUUAUCGUUAAAUUAUAUAGUUUACAUAUGUACUGUACAAUACACCUACAUACAUACUUAAAUAUUUACGCGUUGACUUUAUUGUAUUAUACAUACUUGUGCAUUUUAUAUAAACUUAUGUAUUUGUAUGUAUUCUUAUAUAUGACUAAGCUAUCUCCCACUAAUCGGUUACUCAAAAAACUAUCAUAACACAUUUAAACGGCGCCGCUUUUACAAUUGAAUAGAAAAAAGUACUUCUAACUGUGAGACUUUGAUAAGCUUAGUUCAUCUGAGAACUAACUACCUUGAUACUGCGCGCCUUCAACCUGUUUCGAUAAUUUUUCAUUUUGUCGCAGCCGCAACCAUAUUCACGAACACAACACACUUUGCUUACGUGUGGCCUCAGUAGGACAGCUUUAAUUACACGCAUAAGGAAUUUCGCAAAUUCAUCAUCUGUUAUUAACUUAGACAAAUACUUUCAAGUAUUAUACAAUUGGCUUAAUUGAAUGAGGAAAACCCCUGUCAAAUCAAUUCAUCUUUAACUUGUAAGAUGCAAACAUUUCCCGGCCUUGCAAUUUAUUAAAAAAAUGUCUUUCAAAAUAUAGAUAACAGCAAAAUAUUGAAUUUUCAAAAGUGAGAGGAAUACGGUGGAUGUUUCAAACAUUUAAUUAAGUAACUAACUAAAAGGCAAAUAUGUAAUAUUGUAUUCCACCCCAGUAAUGGUUUACAUAUUAUAUGUAUGUAUGUAUAUAUGACUAAAAACAUUAAUAUAUUUUGAAUU